AUGGAUUCCUUCGCCGAUUGGAAGCGAGAUGUCAUCGACGAUGGGCUUCCGAAUCCGCGCGGUGAGCAGCUGGCGCAUGUCUCUAUCGUGUUCGCCUGUUUGUCGUUCGUCUUCGUUGCUGCCAGGCUACUCACGAGAUGUUUUGUCAACAAACUUGCCGGGCCGGACGACGUGCUUAUCGUCGGAUCGCUGAUUCUGGCUAUAUGCAUGACUGUAUCCUAUAACGAAGAGGCGAGGAAUGGGUUUGGAUUGCAUUUCGACCAAGUAAAUUAUGGGCACAAGGUGAAAGCAUUCAAGUGGUUUUUUGCGGCACAGAUACUGUACAAGGUCGCUACCUGCCUCACCAAGCUAUCGAUACUCAUGCUCUAUCUGCGCAUCUUUCCCGGUCGCAACUUUCGGAUCGCUUCCUGGGUGACGAUGGGCAUCACCGUUACUUAUUCUCUUGCGGCUGUGUUCACCACCAUCUGGUCAUGCAAUCCGAUCCAGAAGGCAUGGGACAAGAAGCUUGAUGGACACUGCUUGGACAUCAUCUCGGUGUGGUACAGUACAUCGAUCAUGAUUAUUAUAACCGACGUCAUCAUUAUAGUGCUGCCCAUCAACGAAAUUCGCCGACUCCAAUUGUCUACAAGGCAGAAGCUGCUGCUAUCUAGCGUCUUCAGUCUAGGCCUAUUCGUUAUUGCGUGUACUGUAGUACGCAUGUACACUGUCUCGCCCAAGACCACCGCCGAGGAUCAGACAUAUUACCAAGCCAUCUCCAAUAGUUGGACAUUCCUGGAAGUCAAUGUUGGAAUUAUUUGUGCCUGCCUUCCAGUGCUCAAAUUCCCUUUCUCGAGGCUAUUAGCUCGGGUUCGAGGAAGGAAGACGACGGCAACUCAGAGCGGACCUUCUGAUUAUGGAUUGAAGACGAUUGGGCAAAUGAACUCGCGACGGAAAUCAGCAAAUACCAAGCCGGAUCACACGGGAGACAGUGUGGAGGAUCUUAUCCUAGGCGAAGCUGCGGGCACUAGGGAGUUUGCUUUGCAGACGACUGUUUCUUCCCAAGUGACUCAAAACGAGAGAUAUGAGUAUCCGUGA